AUGUGUCCCGUCCGCCCACCUGUUCAAGUCAUAAAACAAGUUCAACAUCAGGAAUCCGCUUUUGUGCCUGCAAUGCGUCUUGGAUCCUGCCAAUUCCAGACAUGCAUUGCCGUCGUAAACGUUGAGCUCUCGCACUUUCAGCCCAGUGGCAUUGGAACCAUGGGCGUGUGUCGUCAAGGGCAUAAUCGCUACAUCCGCAGGAUUUUCCUGUCAAAGCAGGACCGAGGAUAUGGUCGCAAGUGA